AAAGGACUCGACAUGCUUGCAGGUUCUCUGGCCAGACGAUCGUGGAGCGCGACUCCGCGGCUGAUUGCAGACUGCCGCACGCCGCAGGGUCGCAGGCACUUCUCCCCACUGGCCUGGUACAACAGACAAAUCCAGAGAGCCCCCGUCAUUACCAAAGCCAUCACUUCGGGAGUUUUGUUUGCCACGGGGGACGUCCUGGCACAGACUGUUACCAUGGAGAAAGGCGGGAAGUACAACGGGCCUCGGGUCAUCAGAGCUGCCAUAUUUGGCACCGUCAUUCUCGGCCCCUUAGGACACCUCCACUUCAACUUUAUCGAGUGGUUCGUCGUCAAGAGGCUUGCUUUCACAGGCACAAAAAUGGCGCUGUUGAAAGUGUUUAUCGAUCAGUUCACGUACUGGGCCUCUGGGAUAAAUGCUAUCUAUCUCAUCAGUCUUCCACUGAUGGCUGGAGAGUCUUUUGAGACAGCGUGGGGCAAUGUGAGAAACAAGAUCUGGCCAGUCCUGAAAGCCAACUGGUGCAUUUGGCCACUAGUCCAGAUAGUCAACUUCAAGUUUGUUCCAGUUGUUCACCAGCUCAACUUUGUGUUGCUGGUGAGUCUGGGCUGGGCCACCUACCUCUCGUGGUCCACAUCUGACAAACCUGCUACUACUGAUGAUGAUGAUGCCUCUACGAACAACAGCAUUAACUAAAACCCAGACUCAUAAUACCAAUAAAUAAGUUUCCCGGGAUCUUUGAAAAGUCACCAAAAUCAAUCCUACGAACACCAAUUUCAUUACAAGUUACUUAGGUCAUAAUUAGAGAUUUCCAUUUUUGAUCAUGAAUCUAUGAAGUUACUGGCAGACAAAAGAAUCUCGUGCUAUGCAAUCAUUAUUGUGUCUCAUCGUCACAUGUUCUAAUGUCACGGAUACAAAAUGUAUACUGCGUGUUGGCUAUGAACGUGUCUCAAUUUUCAUGACAAUCUUCCCAGUUCCGUAACUCCCUAGUUUUACUAGCUCCUGACACACUUCCCCGAGACCAACUGACUUGUAGAUAUACGGUCUACAGAAGAAAACCAAAAAAUACUCUUGUUUGUAACAAUGUCACAAAACGUUCUGCUACCAACUUUACUGGUAUUUGCUCAGUACUAUUGUUGUGCAAAAGGCUUGGAAUGCACUAGAUUAUGCUAGGUUUCCUGCUAUUUUGUGCGUACUUUUCAUUCACUAGUCUUUUCAAUUGAC